GGGAGCCCAGCGCUCCUCACACAGCUGGGGUUAAGGCUGAGGAGGAGGCCUAAUCACUCUCGCUCGCAGGGUGCCGCUCGGCUUCCGCUCUGCUUCCUCUCCGGGCGGGGGAAGAGAGGAGAGGCGACCUGCUCCAUCGAUCUCCUCCUCGGUCUACUAAGCGGAAUUUCUUAUUUUUGGUGAGAAUGAAGCGCAUGCACAGAAUGCCAACGAGGAAGUCCCACUCAUGGUGGUGGGACAGUCACAUUAGCCCCAAGAACUCCAAAUGGUUAGCUGAGAAUUUGCAAGAGAUGGAUAAGCAAGUUAAAGAGAUGCUGAAGCUCAUAGAGGAUGAAGGUGAUUCUUUUGCAAAGAAGGCUGAGAUGUAUUACCAAAGACGGCCUUUGCUUGUAACCCAUGUUGAGAACUUCUAUCGCAUGUACCGUGCACUUGCUGAGCGUUAUGACAACGUGACUGGGGAAUUGCGCAAGAAUCUUCCAUCAUCUCUGCAGUCUCAAGGCUCUGGUAUAUCUGAAACUGAUUCCGAGACGCAAUCAAUUUCCCCAUCUCCAGAGCCUAACAUGGAACAGAAGACACCAAAACAGAAGCGCAAAGCAAGAGCAGUUGGCUUUGAUGUGUUCCUUGGUUCUGGUGGAAGCUCAGACAUUUCGAAGAAGGGUAGUGAAGGAUCAUCGUCUUCGUCUUCUUCAGAUUCUGAUUCAGAGGUUGAUGAAGGAAGUGAAGAAAAUGGCAAUGGAAUUUCUUAUAUAAUGAAUGGACGGAUUAAUGAGCUAGAAGAGGAGCUUCAGGAAGCAAGGCAACAAAUUGAGGCACUUGAGGAAAAGAACAUGAACUGCCAAUGUGAAAAACUUGAAGAGAGUCUCAAACAAGUUAGCAGUGAAAAGGAAGAUUUGGUAGCUGCAGUUCUGGCAAACAAGAACGAGAUUGAGGGUCUAAAAGGAAACCUAGCAAAAGUUACAGGAGAGAAAUUGCAGCUCGAGGCCCAGGUAAAGGAGCUUGAACAAGCAUCUCAGAGCUUAGAUGAUUCUUCUGCAGAGAUUAUGAAGUUACAAGAAAUAAUCAAGGAUCUGCAAGCAAGAUUGCAAAAUGAUUCAAAUGAGAAAAGUAUACUUGAGGAACGUGCUAUGGAGUUUGAGCAAGUUCGUAAGCAGUUAGAGGAUUCAAGGACUGAGGUCAGGGAGCUACAGGCUACAAUCAAGAACCUGAAAGAUGACUUAGGGAAAACUCUACAAGAGAAAGCACUGCUUCAGGACCGUGUGAAGGAUCUGGAACAGGCAAGUAGUGACUUAAAUGCCUCGGUGGCUUCUCUUGAGGGCAAGUUAACCGCCGCACAGGCACAGCUUGAACAACUUCGUGCCGAGAACGCAGAAGCUUCCUUCAAGAGCGAGGAACAAAUAUCAGAACUGAAUGAAACCAUCGCUGAUCUUAAGAAGAAGCUUGAGCUGCUGUCCUCAGAGAAAUCUGCAGUUGACAAUAAGGUGUCCAUUCUGCUGAUUGAUGUCACCACUCGUGAUGAAAAGCUGAAGGAGAUGGAGAUCCACUUGCAUCAGCUGCACCUGGAGCAUGUCAAGCUGCUUGAAGAAGCAGAUGUCGCACGGAAGACUGUCUCAGGCCUGCGUGCAAGGGUGUGCGAGCUCGAGGAAGAGGUUGAGAAGCAGAAACUUAUGAUAUCCGAUAGCGCAGAAGGGAAGCGGGAGGCGAUCAGGCAGCUGUGCUUCUCACUUGAUCACUACCGCCAUGGGUACGAGCAGCUCCGGCAGCUCCUUCAAGGCCACAAGAGGCCCAUGGUGAUGGCAACUUGAGUAAGUAGCUCGUGGGAUCCUUCGUUCUGGAUGUCCAAAAUUGGUCCCCCGGCGGCUUAUCAUGUAAUUUGAGCGUCUCCUUCCCCCGUCCCCCCUUUUCCUGUAUAAUUUGAGUGAAACUUAUGCUCUGCAGUUACUCGAGCAGUUGAGCUACUCUCUCUCUCCCCCUCUCUCUCCCUCCCUCUCCCCCUCCCUCCCGCUCUCCCUCUCUCUCUCCCGCUCUCCCUCUCUCUCUCUCUGUAAUGUAAUGAGUUAUGGAUAAUCAUGGUAACGGUAUUCCCUUCUCUGUUCGUUC